CUCAUUCUGAGCCUUAAAUGUUUCUCCAAAGGCCAAAGGGUUAUGAAUCUGGUUGAUGCAUCAGGGUUUUGGCACUAACACGAAUGAGGAACACCAGCUGCUUCGACUGGGCUCAGUUAGGCCUUCAGUAAUUUAUCUCUGCUUGCUCUCCGACUUGACUCUGUAUUCCUUUCGUUGGAUUUAUCUGCUUGGUCGUUGGGGUUACUCGAGGAGAUGGCAGGGACAGCGAGACACGAUCGAGAAAUGGCAAUGAAAGCCAAGAAGCAGCUUCAACAGUGCUCGGACCCGGUUGAGAAGCUGCGACUUCAGUGUCUGUCCCGGGGCUCUGCAGGAAUCAAGGGCCUCAGCAGGGUGUUCCGUAUCAUGGAUGAUGACAACAAUCGAACACUUGACUUCAAAGAGUUUGUGAAAGGCCUGAAUGAUUACGGUGUGCUGAUGGAGAAGGAGGAUGUGGAAGCAUGUUUCAAACAUUUUGACAAGGAUUCCAGUGGAACCAUUGACUUUGAUGAGUUUCUUGUGACACUGCGGCCUCCCAUGUCCAAUGCAAGGAAAGAGAUCAUACAACAGGCCUUUCGUAAACUGGACAAGACAGGAGAUGGUGUGAUAACCAUUGAGGAUUUGCAAGGAGUUUACAAUGCCCGACAUCACCCAAAGUAUCAGAAUGGGGAGUGGACAGAGGAGCAGGUCUUCAGGAUUUUCUUGGAUAGCUUUGACUCACCCUACAAUAAGGAUGGAAUUGUCACCAAACUUGAAUUUUUAAAUUACUACUCAGGAGUAAGUGCCUCUAUUGACAAUGACGCCUAUUUCAUCCUAAUGAUGAGGAGCUCCUGGCGAUUAUGAUGAAUCCUGAUGGUUAGAUUUUCCUAUUUGGAGAAGCACUGACAGUGAACAGAGCUGAUACAGAUUGGAUAACCUCAUCUGGGUUCUGAGAUUCUGACUGGGAAUGAUUUACAAUUACUGUCACUCAUCCAGCUGAUUUUAUUUUCCUGUUUAUGUAAUCAAUGGCACGUGAUGUUUGUGAGUUCCUGCCUUCACUGACUGUGUUGCUUGUGUGACGACUAACACUGGAACCGUUCUGGUGCUGGGGGUGGUCUGUAGAGCUCAUGUUGGCCAAAUUGUUAAUGAAUCUGUUGUGUCUAAGUCCUCCUGUCCUCACACUUUCACCACUGCAAGGUAAAGUGAGCAGGUUGUAUGAUCAAUUUCAGUAGCAGAUUGUGAGGCAACCUCAGCUCCCUCCCUCUGAUAAGUUGCUUCCAUAGCUGGAGGGUCCCAGAUUGGCCAAGGGACUGUGUCCUCUCACCCUGAUAGUGCCAACUCCUGACCAACCUGUACUAGACUGUCUGAUCCGGCUUUUUGUGUUGGGGGCAGGGAGCAACAUCUCCUUGUUUUUUCCCACUCAAGGCGUGAAUGAGCAGAUUUCAGUCAGACAAAUGAAUUUAAAAAAAUAGUCGAGUAUGAAGAAAAGAAACAAUUUGCUGAGCAAAAGUAAAGCAAUGUCAAAGCAAUAAAUUGAUAUUAAAAAGAGUAACAAAUAAAAAUGAGUAUUAGUGUGUAAAAGGGUCAGAGUGUGUGUGUCGGGCUCCGGGAGCUCACUCACUCACCCUCACCCACUGGAAGAGUGGGUGAGAGUAUGUGUUGGUGUGUGGGGGUGACGGUGACUGAGAAUCCUGAAGCUGGGAG